ACCCCUUCGUCGACAUCAGUCGCUGACUCGCGAUCGCAGCGCUUUCGAGUGGCGAAAUGGAUCUCCAAAGUGCCCUGGAAAAAUGCGGCAACUUUGGCCCGUAUCAAAUCCUUCUGCUGGGCCUGUUCGGAUACACAAAUAUUGUGUCCUCGCUGCACUAUUUUUCGCAGACCAUCAUUAGCUUCACGCCAUCGUACAGUUGCUCUCUGCCAAAAGAGGACUUUUCCCGGAAUUCCACAUACUCCACUUCCUUGCUGACCUGCAGUAUUAUUCAAUACGAUGAAGAUCUUUCAUCUUUUCGGGACUACAAGUGCUCCUCGUGGGACUUCGAAAGGGAAAGUAACUACGAAAGUGUUACCACAGAGCUCGAAUGGGUCUGCGACGACGCCUACAAACUGGCAGUGGGUCAGUCCUUCUUCUUCAUUGGAUCCGCCCUGGGCAGUAUAUUCUUCGGAUACUUGGCAGAUCGCAUAGGACGACUGCCUGCCUGCGUUUUGUCCACUUUGACAGGAGCCUCUGGUGAUUUCUUUACCUCCUUCGUAGGAAGUCUUCCUUGGUUCUCCGUCACCCGCUUUAUAUCCGGUCUUUCAAUGGACACCCAAUAUGUUCUCAUGUACAUUUUGGUUUUUGAGUACCUGAGCCCAAAACACCGCACCUUUGGGCUCAACUUUAUCUUGGGAAUCUUCUAUUGCAUUGGUCUGGUGAUUUCCCCCUGGAUGGCUAUUUGGUUGGGAAACUGGCGGAGUUACCUAUGGGCAGCCUCUCUGCCUGCCCUCGGAAUGCUGCUCUUCCCUGUAUUUCUCCACGAAAGCGCCGAAUGGCUGUUGACGAAAGGAAAGUUCGAUAAAGCGGUUAGUAACCUAAAGAGCGUUGCCAAGUUCAAUGGACGCCAAGUGGACGACUCUGUUUACGAUGAGUUCAUAAAAUACUAUCGCGAAAAGCAAAAUAAUGCGCAGAAGAAAACUUCGGAUACCUUUGCGGGCAUGCUAAGAACGCCAAGACUUAGAAAGUUCACCAUUAUCCUGUUGAUCAAAUCAAUGAUCGUUACCAUAACUUUUGACAUCCUAAGUCGUAACGUGGAAGGCGUGGGCAUAUCGCCCUUCCAUCUCUUUUCCUACUCGGGAUUCUGCUACGUGCCCGCAGGCCUCGCAAUAAUCCUGUUCCAAAACAAAAUCGGAAGAAAGGGCAUGGCCUGUGCUUCGCUUUUUGUAGGUGCCAUAAUCACGGCAGCCACUGGUUACUUGGUGGCCACCCUUGAUCCAGCGGAAUACUCCAUUCUCCUAGGGUUCAUGGUGAGCCUGGGAAGAUUUGGAGCGGUGGUCGCCUACGAUGCGGAGGCCCAGUACGCGGCGGAGAUUAUUCCAACCAGUGUGCGAGGUCGAGGGGUGGCCAACAUCCAUGUGGUGGGCAACGCCUUCGCUUUCUUCAGCUCCUAUGUGAUCUACUUGGGAACUUUCUACAGGCCGUUGCCGUCUCUUUUAAUCAGCUUCGUUCUCCUGAUCGGCAGUUGUUUGUGCCUUACACUUCCCGAGACAUUGCACAAACAACUCCCACAAACUCUUGAGGAGGGCGAGGUAUUUGCCAAGGGCGAGAAAUGGUAUUUCUUUCCCUGCUUUUCACGCAGACAGCAAACAAACAAGUCUGCAUCUCAGUUGGAGAUGGAGUCAGCCAGCAAUAUUACAAAGUAGUUAUAAUAAAUGUAUUAGAUGAAUAGUACA